CAGGACUCCUCAAAGGCCCCCGUCAAACUGGCAAAAGUUAUCAAAGUCCUAGGCAGGACUGGCUCUCGGGGAGGUGUUACCCAAGUCCGAGUAGAAUUCAUGGACGACACGUCACGGUCCAUCAUACGGAAUGUUAAGGGACCCGUGAGGGAGCAGGAUAUCCUGGCUUUACUCGAGAGUGAGCGUGAAGCUCGG